AUGAGUCACUCUGGAUUAAGAUCAACAUCGUCCACCUCUUACCGACGCACUUUUGGGGCUCCUCUUCUGUCCCCUGUGUCCUACUCCUCUUCUUCUAGGUUCUCAACUUCCAGGCACUUUGCUAGCCCCUCUCCUGCUGCUUCUAGCCGUUCCUCAUCCUCAGCCUUCAGAGUAAGGUCCAGCACUCCAGUCCGAGUUGGUUUGGACCGAGUGGACUUCUCAGUGGCUGAAGCACUCAAUCAAGAGUUCCUGACCACCCGCAGCAAUGAGAAGGCCGAAAUGCAGGAACUGAACGACCGCUUUGCCAGUUUCAUAGAAAAGGUUCGAUACCUGGAGCAACAAAAUGCAGUGUUGGUCACAGAGAUCAACCAAGCCAGGUCCAAAGAGCCCACCAGGGCAGCAGAUCUGUGCCAGCAAGAGCUCAGGGAGCUCCGCAGACAGCUGGAUGUCCUGGGCAAGGACAGGGACCACAUUCAGGUGGAGAGAGACAACAUGGCAGAAGACCUGAACCUGCUUAAGCAGAGGUUGGAGGAAGAAAUGCACAAAAGAGAAGAUGCGGAGAAUAACCUUGUUCUGUUCAGGAAGGAUGUGGAUGAUGCAACCUUGUCUCGUCUAGAGCUAGAAAGAAAAAUUGAGUCCCUAAUGGAUGAAAUUGAAUUCCUGAAGAAACUUCAUGAGGAGGAACUUCAAGAUGUGCAGGUGUCAGUGCAGGCUCCAUCAGUACACCUGGAAAUUGAAGCUACAAAGCAGCCGGAUCUUACAUCUGCGCUACGUGAUAUUCGCAGCCAGUACGAGAGCAUCGCUGCCAAGAAUCUACAAGAAUCUGAGGAAUGGUACAAAUCUAAGUUUGCUGACCUGUCAGAUGCUGCAAACCGCAAUAAUGAAGCACUGCGCCAGGCCAAGCAGGAGAUGAAUGAAUCACGACGACAGAUCCAGAGUUUGACUUGUGAGGUUGAUGGGCUAAAAGGAACAAAUGAAGCUCUGCUGCGUCAGAUGAAGAACAUGGAGGAACAGUUUGGGGUUGAAGCAGCAAAUUACCAGGAUAAUAUUGUACGACUAGAACAGGAGGUGCAACAUAUGAAGGAAGAAAUGGCUCGUCACUUGAGGGAAUAUCAAGACCUGCUCAAUGUUAAAAUGGCAUUAGAUAUUGAGAUUGCAACCUACAGAAAACUCCUUGAAGGAGAAGAAAGCAGGAUUGCUGUACCCAUUCACUCACUGACGUCUCUUAGUAUUAAAAGUCCAGGACCUGCUGAAUUAGAUCACAGCUCUGAGAUUCAUUCCAGGAAAACCGUCGUCAUUAAAACUAUUGAGACAAGAGAUGGAGAGCAGGUGGUGACUGAAUCCAGGAAGGAGCAACCAACAGAAGGGGAGAAGUGA